AUGGUAUCCAGGAAGAAGGAUUAUUUAAAUGAGAAUGUGGUUAAAGUUGAUUGCAUUGUUAAUUCUCGUGAUCAUCCUAUAGAAAUAGAAGAUGAUGAAGUAUCUGAAGGGAAAAAAUUUAUAUAUGAUGAAGUUAAGAAGGAGAAUGAUGAGAGUCCAAUUGAGAUUUAUUCCAGUAAUUCUAGGAAUAAGACAAUUGAUAUUUCAUCUAGUGAUUCUUGGAAGAAGAAAAAGCCAAGGAAUAAUGUUAUUCAGUCUGAUUAUAGUUCGAUGAAAAAGAGAAAACAUGGUUUGUUUGGUCGAUUAAAUUCAAAAUCAUCUGAUUCAGAAGAUUAUGUAAGUGAUUCUGAUUAUGAAGUUCGGAGCAUUACAAGGAGCAGGAAGUUGGUUAACAGAAGUGAUAGAAAAGUUAGUAAAAAAAUUGUCUCCGAACAUGAGUUUUCUAGUGAUUCUGAUUUUGAGGAUGGUUCCAGUAGUAGUGUGAAGAGGGUGGAUAAUAUAGCUGAUAAGAAAGUUAAAAAGAAAAUGGAGUUGCAUAGUGAUAAAAUAAAGUCAUUGUAUUCUCGUGUUUCUCUUCAUUCUAUAUAUGGUGUUGUGAAGUCUAUGAAUCAUAAGCAAAAAGAAUGUGUGAGGAAUUUGGGAUUUGGAUCAUUGAUAGACAUGAAGACUCAAAGUAUUCUAGCAAAAUUAUGUUAUUUUGUUGUUGAUUCGUUUGAUCCUUUAGAGAUGGUUAUUAAAACUGAGGUUUCUAAUAUUUUGGUUACAAGGGAAGAUGUUAAUAGGGUGUUAGGGCUGCCUAUGGGGAUUGAUCAAUUAAAUAGUGUUGAUUUAAGAGGUAAUGAGGAAUGGUAUGAAAUAUGGAAAGAUCAAUUCAAGAAGUCGUUGUCUUUAAUUACUCCAAAUGAUGUUGUGUACAAGAUAAUAGAACGAUGUGAAGCAGAUAUGGUGUUUGUUGCAAACUUUAUUAUUCUUUUGAAAGUGAGAGAAAUGAAUGAAAUUUCUAAUGGAGGUUUUGGAAGGCCAUCUGCUACAGUGGAAAGUGUUGAUGAAGUUUAUAGAGGAUCAAUUUUAGAGUUUCAUUCAGAAAUGAAGUGGUGUUUAGUAGAUAUGUCUAAGAAAGUGGAUAAAGCCUUUAAAACGCAUGGAAAUUUGAAAAUAGUAGAGUUUUAUGGAAUGAAGCUGAAAGAGUUAUGUUCUGCAUAUAAAGCUUUUCGUCAUAGUAAUUAUAAAUGUGAAUAUCCUUUUCAGUCAUCUGGAAAAAGUAGUAGUUGUGAUGAUAAGUCUAAUGAAUUUCUAGAUGUUGGGCAGUCUAUUAACAAUAGCGUUGGUGGUAAUAAAUAUGGAUCGGCAAAUUCGUUUGAAAAAUCUGGAAAUAUGGAAACUAAGUUGCAUGUGGAUUGCGAGGGUGGUCAUAAGGAAAAGUGUGUAGUAGAGGGUAUUCCUUCUUUCAAUUUAGGAAUUGAUGAUGAUAUGCAUACUCCUCCAAAAGUGAGUCCAGGUGUUGUUGUUAAUAAAUAUGGAUCGGCAAAUUUGAUUGGGAAAUAUGGAUUUAUUGAAAAUAAGUUGCCUCUGGAUUGCGAGGAUGGUCAUAAGGAAAAGUGUGUAGUUGAGAGUAUUCCUUCUUUUAAUUUAGGAAUCGAGGAUGAUAUAUAUACUCCUCCAAAAGUUAAUCCAGGUAUUGAUAGUUAUGUGGACAAUAAUUCUGUUUCUGUUGGAAUAAGUUCUGAUUCAGUCAAAGGGAAGGAACCAAAGUCUUGCGAUGAAAGUGAAAAAGUUAAAAUUCUUGAGAAAGAUAUGAUUUCAUCGAGACCAAAGAGAAGUCAAACGUUACCUCCAGUGCUUAGGUCUCCAUUUGUUGUACGAGCUGUUGAGAUUGAUAGUAAUUUGACGAAGGAGGAGAAUAUCAAGUUUAAUUGGCUAUUCAGUUUAUGUGGGAAUCCAACGUAA